CUAAAUGCAUUGGUCAGCGGCAGUUCCGAGACCAGUACUUUGACUCGCCAGAUUUCAUCCUCACGCUAAAAGAUUUCUGGCUGAGAUGCCGAGAGGGAUUGUGGGAGUUGAAAUGCCCUGCAGUUUCAGGAACUACACCUGACAAUGACACCGAGACCCUUUGUACACGAUACAGAGAGAUAACCAGUCUCCCUCUGAUUCAAUCAGAAGUCAGCAGGAUAAUCAGGGAACACACCGCUGAAGGGAGUGAAUCAAAUUCCUCACAAAGGGAACAAAUUGACAAAGUCGCAGAAAAUGAGGACACCGAGAUCUGUUCAGCAGAUGACACAAAGUGGCUGAAUGACCUCAAUCUGGUCUGUUUUGCUGAGUUCAAGACCGAGUGCUGCUCUUACACACUAGAGAGGGAGGCCGGUGCAGUGCGGGUGGAUCUGGACCAGGCUGAUUUCGGAUAUUGUGUGGGAGAGAUUGAGGUUCUGGUGCCUGAAGGAGGUGACAUGAAUGCAGCUCUGCAGAGGAUUACAGGCACUGCUGUAGAACUGGGUAAGCUCAUGUUUGUGGACACACAUAUCAUAUAA